AUUAUAAUACCAAACUCCUGUAUCACAUGACGAGGGUAGAGACUGGAUGUCACAUGACGAGGGUAGAGACUGGAUGUCACAUGACGAGGGUAGAGACUGGAUGUCACAUGACCGGGUAGUCAGAUGGUCCUUGGAGGUGUGGUGAUGUGAGACGGUUCGUGAGUGAUCGGGAUAAGCUUAUGCAACAACAGUCCGAGGAGAGACGUCGUUCGGUGGUGAGCGAACUAAUAGCGCAGCUAAUCAGUGUGAAGAUGUUACCAGCACCUGGUGUGUUCCACUUUCUCUGGGAGAUCACUUCCGGAGCUGUCCAGGAGGGGGCGACAGUGAGGACUAUUGGCAGGCUGGCCUGUUACAGAUUAGAAGACUCUGAGGUGACCCUGACUCUCCGGCAUGGCUCCGCUCAGCACCAGCUCGUGGUUCUCACAGGCUUCGUGGAGCCCUUCCUGCCCAUUACCGGGGCACUGUACAUGACGCUGGGGGAGUGCGAGAGCAGAGGAGCAGAUGGCGACACAGUGCUGCGGGCACGCGUGCUGACCUGCGUGGAAGGGGUUAACCUGCCCCAGCUGGAGCACGCGGUGAGCGAGCAGAGGAGGUUCUUCCAGGAGAGGGAGGGGGGCACACCCACUCCGCACACCACCACCGGAGGGCCCUGCUGACCAGAUCGCUGGCUGAGUGGCUAUACUGCGGGAGCCACAGAACUGAAUGACAAGUGGACUGCUGCACUCUGCAGGGUCGUACUGGGACCAGCAUGGCGGCUGACUGGUUUAGACCAUAACUGGGAUACCCAGUCCCUGAGCUUCUCAAACCAGCUACUCCUCACACUGCAGCCCAGAACUGGUAACAUUAACCCUUCCGUCACUGCAGCUAGUCUCAGCGUGAAGACAAUGUGAAUGGGAACCCUUCGCAGUUUGUUUGAGCUUUACUAAAUACACUGUUGUGCAGGUUUUGAUUUCUGCAGUAAAACCCAAUUCUUUUUUCUGAUGUAUAAAUAAUAAUAAUAAUAAUAAUAAUGCACAUAUAGGUGCGUGGUUGAGUUUAAUAAAAUAACACAUGGUUUACAUUUUAGUUUUGAACCCAUUCUCUCUGUUAUUUGCAGGAGUCCUGGCCCUGUGUCUCUAAUGUUAAGGUAUGAUUAGACAGUAAAUGUUUGUGACUUGAUUGCAGCUCAUUUCAGUGCUGUGGUAGAAUGCAACCUGGCCGUUUCUUUGAUUUACAAAAAACAAGAACUAUACUAGCCAGUGGAGCCAAUGCUAAACAAGGGGCAACCCGAGGUGGCAUUUCGUGAACCGGGUCGGACCCGUGCAGCUCGUUCCGCGUGGGACAGGAACAGGUUUUAGUCUUUUCGUGACAUCAGUUUGUUCUUUUUUUCCCGUUCCAGCAUCAUGACUGACCGCGAUUUGGGGUUGCUUUGUGGCGAUUCUUUUUUUUCAGUCAGAAAGUUCCAGGCAGAAUAUAUAUGUUAUGUAAUAAACUAGAACAUUAAUAUUAUUAUUAUGGGUCAAAUAUAUCAAAUAAAACUGUUUAUUGUAGUUUGCCAGUAUUGCAAGUACAGUGAAUACAGAGAAGCAGCUGUGGCCAAAGGUUUUGCAUCACCCGGUAUAUAGAAUGAACUAUUUCUGGUUCAAAGUCGAAUGAAAUCUGCUGAAUAAUGUUAUGUUAACAUGUUGAAUUACACACCGCUUUGUAGCUUUCCAUGUACUUAACGAAAAACUGACAAUAUUGAAAAAUGUGACAUACAGUACUAUGCUAAUGGCUUCUGGUAGACUUUUGCAAUAUCAUUUUGUAGUUUCUUUGAUUACAUGGUGUUAAAUAAAAUAUCUAAAUUAUGUUAAUAUAUAUAUUUUUUUUCUCCCCAAUUAUGUCUCUGUCCUAAAAUUCUAGGUGAUGCAAAACCUUUGGCCAGAGCUGUAAGUGCGGGGCGGUGUCAUGUUUCACCGCGGGGGGGUCUGCGCGCUGCGUUUCACCGCGGGGGGGUCUACGCGCUGCGUUUCGCCACGGGGGGGUCUGCGCGCUGCGUUUCACCGAAAAAUAGAAAACGUCUCUAUUAAACCAAAGUAAUUUCAGGGUUUAAAACAAGGCCAACAUGGAUGUAGGUAAGAAAAAAAUAAAAACA